GACCAAUCCAUACGACUGGAUUCAGAGUGUACGUCCCAUCGGCAGUUUGGAGGCUUGGCACCGAGCUCAGACGUCGGCCAUGAGCGCGCUGCGGGCGACCAACCCGACGAUCGCGGCCUACGAAGCCGCGCUAGACCUACUGCGCGACUCGACGGCCUAUGCCUACCAGAGCACCGUCGCGUGGCACCUGCAGCCGCAACUGACCAUUGACGGCGUUGACGGGUGCCUGUCCUGGUCCAUGACCUUGCUCCAAGAACAGCAGCUCCGGACGCGCUACGCCCACUACUGCAUCCUUCCGACGUCUAAGGUUCGCAUCCUCAACGAAGACGCGUGGGCGACGAUCGUGCGAACGAGCCUUUUGCCCGACGUCCAGCAGGCGCUGCGCGUCACCGACACGGGCGUCGUCGCUGUCUUCUCGCAUCUCUGCAUCGACACGCAUGGCUCGUCAAUGUGCCUCAAGCCGCGACCUGACAUUGCCAAUGUCUUUGGGAUGCUUCUGGUGUCGCUGCCCUCUUGUGUCGAUGGCGGCGAGAUCGCAACGGCGUUUGGCGGCGGCUCAACGGUGCAGCGUCCGUCGCGCCAGACAGUGCAAGUGCUCGCAACGCGCUUCAACGCUACCAUCACGUCAUCGCCGGUCCGAUCUGGCCGUCGUGUUGCGCUUGUGUACGCCUUGGUGGCUACGGACAUGGACGCACGCGCCAUUCCGCCGCUUCCUACCCACGACGACGCUGUCACUGCUUUUGAAGCAAUCGCCGCGCACCCGCCAUCCGCGCAGCAGCGCCUCGGCGUUCUUCUCGAGCGCAAAUUGGACAACUUGUCGUUCGAGUGCCUUCCACACAUGGACGCAGCGGUCGUCGAUGCCUUGAUCGCGACACGGUGCUUUGACGUGGCACUCGUUCGUCUUGGCGGUCACACCAUCUCGGUGGCGACGCCGCACCACGCAUGCGCGGUCCCAGCCGACGUCUUGUCCUGUCUUCCUGGAAAACGCAUCGACACGCUACUCGGCGCCGUCCACGGCUCGUCAUCACCCCACGCGAUUGCGUUUUGGCUCAUGCCGUACCGCGCAGGACUCGUCGGGCGCCACGCUGCUCUCACUCUCGCGCAGACUGCUACCACGGAUACUGAGCGCCUCGGGCUCAGCGCUCGGGAGCUUCUUCGCGGCAUCCUCACCACGUUCCUCGACACCGGAACGUCGUCGCAUUGCACCAUGACGGCACGCGACAUGCAUGCGAUGACGAACCUCUUGAUCCAGCACCGCCAUGUCGACCUCGCAGCGAGCUUCCUUCGCAACGUAGUCUCGAACGCGCGCGCGAUCUCAAUCCAGGACUUGGCAACUUGCGUCCAGUCGUGUCUGGCCACGUUUGGCUGGACACUGCUCUUUCCCGCCGUCAAGAGCCUUCUCCGUCGAUGGCUACGUGUCCGCAAGUUGCGGGAUAGCACGUGGCUUCUGCUGAGCCUCGCGGGCGUCACUACGGGCGACGACGCAGUGUGCCGUCCGCUGCGACAGCCGUAUGUGUGCGAACUUGUCAAGUUGAGCUGGGCUCAGAUCACACCUCGCGUCUUGACUCGGGACGCAGUGUCGUUUCCUGCCGAGCACUGGAUUCUAUUCGACUGGUAUCUCGACGAGGUUGCGCCGCCGUGCGUGUAUGGCAAUUGGCUCGGCACCCGCCUGCCGCCUCCGCUCACGCUCCUUGUUGACAGCUUCCUUUACUGUCGCCCGUUUGGCUCGGUGCUCUCGGGUGCGCACACGUCAGCGUCGUGGCUCCUCCAGCAUGUUCCACGGGGUCUUGUCCGAGCCAUUGCAAGCCAGCCGACACUGUCUCGGCGGCGAUAUCUGGACGUUGUCUCGGUCGCGAUCGGUGAGAUUCAGAGCAGCUCUGACAGCGUCCAUCACUCGGUCUCGUCGACCGACGUUGGUGCCAUGCUAGACGCAAUGCACAGCUUGGGCCAGUGCACUGUACGUCUUCUCGACGCGUGCCAACAGCUCAGUUCCAACCGCAGCGUCGUCGCCGGCGUCUUGCGAUUUCUCCAGCACCCGACGUCACCGGUCUCGUCGUCGACACAUUCGCUCGUCGCCGAGUAUGUCGUCUCGAUCGCAGCUGCGUUUACCAACGGCUCUGGCGCCCCGCGCACGGCGCGAGACGGCAAAGCUUUUGUCGACGUCAUUGCGGUGCUCACGUUGGCGGCGCCGAGCAACGUGCCGUCGUUCCUCAGCAAGUGGCUUGCAGCGCUACCAGCAACGCUGGACACGACGCGCUCUGUGCUAUAUCCUGUGGUCGAGCAGCUGCGCGCGCGAUUCCAAGGCAUAGACCUUGACCUCGUCGCGCAGGUUGCGACAGCGUGUCUCGCACGGUUCCUCGACGGUGAUGCGCUCGCACCGGUGCCCGACUUUGGCAACGAUUUUGUCUUGGCCGACAUUGCGGUGGACGCAAAGCACUGCGAGCAGUGCGGUCGACUCGCACGCUUUUUGCAAAACGGGCUGUGCGCCGAGUACGACUAUGCAGCGCAUGUCAUUUGCGCGCAACUGGAAGCGCUCGUGGAUGACCAUGCGGAUGAGCUCGCACUGGAGCUGGACGAGCGGGAUGACGACGCGUACGGCGACCCGUACGACGAGUUUGACGACUUUGACGACGGUUUGUUUAAUGGCAGCUUUAUGGGCGGCUACGCUCAGACCGAUUCCUACGUCGUGCGCAAGCUCGUGCAACCCGGUCGCGCGACGGUUGACGAUCUUGACGAAUAUCACAGGCGCAUCCAGCAGCUCAAGGACGACACCAAACGUAUUGCGAUGUUCGAUGACGUGCUUGCCACCCAUGCGGCCGCCAUGGAUGAGGAUGAACCGACGCCCAAGCGCCCUCGGCACGACGCCCCGUAGGGCGAGAUAGAUGGCUCCGUGUGGGUCUGUAGUGCUUGUGAGAACGUGAAGUGUUUUGUCCUGUA